UAUUUUUCCUCUCUUUUCUUAUCCUGUGCCGUUUUUAUCUUCUUAUUUUUUCUUCUCUCUUCUCACCGGUUCUCUUUCCCUUUCUUCCAUAUCUGCUUGAAUCCUAUGUCAGAAUCCGCUGAGAGCGAUCGUCCAAAACUUCCCAAGGUGAAAACCGAUCUCUUUCCCCACUAUUUGGCUUUCACCUUCUACUAUCUCUCUUUCUUGACUUCGGAUAUGUGAAACCAUCUCCGCUUGAACCGAAUCUCUUUUUUGUUCCACUAUUUGCCCUUCACUUCCCGCAUAAUUCUGCUAUUCCGUUACGUUAUGUAACGAAGUCAAAGUCGACAGAACACCUUCUGAUCCCGGAAGUUAGCUUUCUUCCUUCUUUGCCUGAAUCUUUCAAGAAUCCGCCGAGAUACUUGAAAAGCUGAAUACCGUCUCUUUCAUUCGUGGUCGUAUAUGCCUUUUACUUCGCCGUCUUAUUUCUGCUAACCCUCUUUCACGAAAAUGGAUUACAGCUGGAACCUGGUGAAAUGGCAUAUUGAGCGGCUGGAAUCGCUUUUUUCCUCUUUAUCCGAAAUCUUUGGAAAACAGAAAAUUGUUAAAUUCCAAGGCUGUACAGUUCGGAUAUCUUCUUUGUCCAAAUUAUUAGAAAUCCAUGGAGAACAGGACGAACAUCUUUCCAGAAUAUUGGAAGUACAAUUGCGGAAGAAGUCGGUGGAGUGGGAGAAAUUGUUGAAGACACUUGCUGAGAUGGUCGAUAAUUUUGAGAAGCGGUACAAAGUUGAUUAUGAGGAGAAGCAGGACGAGGGAGGUGCGCUUGAUGAUGAGGAGAAGCAGCAUGAGAGAAGUUUGCUUGAACUGAAGAAGCACGAGAGAAUUGUGCUUGAACUGUGGCUCGAGGAGCUUCAGGAAGCUGUCUUUAAUACAGAGGAUCUCGUGGAUAAGAUUCACACUGUAGCUUAUGGACAAUUAUCUGAAAAGAUGGAGGACAUCCGUCGCUGUAUAGAAUCCUAUGUGAAGGCAGGAGAUGUACUCGGAUUGGCUGGACGAAAAUAUAAAAUCGAGCAACUGGAGAGUCAAAGGCAACUUCUAGGUACAACAGACUAUAUUUAUUUUGUAGAUGAGUUAGAUCCAAUAGAUUAUAAUUAUUUUGUAGAUAAGUCUGAGGUAUUCGGUAUGGAUCGUGAUAAAGAAGAAAUUAUUAAGAUCUUGCUGUCAGAUGAUGCAAAUGAUAAACAGUUGCCUGUGAUUUCCAUAGUGGGCAAUGGUAGGAUAGGGAAAACCACUCUUGCUAGGCUUGUUUACAACGAGCAGGGAGUAAGCGACCAUUUUCACAGGAAGGCCUGGGUUGACGUUCCAGAUGAUUUCGACUGGGUGAUAAAGUCAAUUUUGAAAUUCCUCACUUGGCAGAAUAAUGAUCUCAAGGAAAAGUAUAAUGAUCUCGACAAACUAGAGUUGGAACAACUUGGAUUUAAAUUGCAGAAUUACCUUAAGGGGAAGAGAUUUCUACUUGUUCUUGAUGGUGUGAAACGGAUUCCUAGUUCUAAAGGAUGGGAGGCCUUACGAUCUGCUUUCCAAUUUGCCGCAAAUGGAAGUCGUAUUAUUGUAACAACACGCAACAAAGAUAUUGCUCCAAUGAUGGAUGCUGUCAAUACUUAUCAUAUGGAGCCAUCAGAGGAAAGAAGUUGGUCGAUAUUUGCAGAAUAUGCUUUUGGAGGCCAAAACCCUACUCCAGAUACACAACUAGAAGUUAUUGGCAAAGAAAUUGUACAGAUGUGUCAUGGCUUGCCUUCAUCAGUGAGAAUACUUGGGUCUCUCUUGCGCUUUAAGCUACAACAGGAGGAGUGGGAAGCUAUACUUAAGCGCCUGAAGCCUUCGUCAGAUUCAAGGGAAGAUUCAAGGGAAAAUGUUAACGUUGUACCUAAUUUAAGACUUCCUGAAGAUCUAAAGCGAUGCCUUGCAUAUUGUUCCAUAUUUCCCCCAGAUUAUGAAUUUGAGAUGGAGAAGUUAGUCCUCUUAUGUAUGGCAGAAGGUUUUCUGAAACCGCACUCAAACUCAAUAUGGGAAACAGUGAAAGAGGUUAGUAAUAUCAUUGAAUUGGAGCCUUUUUUUCAGAAAUCAAGUCACAAUGAAUCAAGUUUCCGGAUGUGUAUGAAUAACUUGGCUGCUUAUGUGUCUACGAGGUAUUGUUUCAGAUUGGAGGAUAAUCAUCCUUCUGAAAUGCCUUUAAAUACUCGGUAUUUGUCACUUGUUGGGGGCAAAUAUGAAAAUUCAGUGAUAUUUGAGGCCAUAGAUAGAGCCAAACGUUUAAGGACUUUUUUGCCACUUGAUCAUGAAUCACGUCAUUUACGUGCUACUGAACUGCAGAAUUUGUUGUCCAAACUGCAAUUUUUACGAGUGCUAUCUUUAUCUCAUUACCAUAUCACUGAGAUACCUGAUUCAAUUGGCAAUUUGGAGCAUUUACGGUACAUUGAUCUCUCUCACACUCCAAUUAAGAGAUUACCUGAAUCGGUUUGUGAACUCCACAAUUUACAAUCAUUGAUAUUGUCGAAUUGUCAUUCUCUUACUAAAUUGCCAGAAAACACGUCAAAACUUGUGAACUUGCUUAAUCUUGAUGUUAGUGGAAGCGGUUUAAGUGAGAUGCCAAGAGAUAUGGAUAAAUUAAGAAAUCUCCGAUUACUACCUUGCUUUAUUGUGGGCAAAAAAAGUGGCUCUCUUAUAGAGUUAAAAGAUAUUAAUUGUCUUGAAGGAACACUUCACAUUUUGAAGUUGCAGAACGUGACCUCUGAGAACGUUGCACAUGGUACCCCCUUGGUGGACAAGCGUUCUAUUGAAGAGCUAGUGUUGGAAUGGGAUGAAAAUACUGCUGAUCCAGAAAAUGCUAGAAAGGUGCUUGCAGGGCUAAGACCUAGUUAUAGUUUGAAGAGGCUUACCAUUAACUUUUACUGUAGUCCAAAAUUUCCUUCGUGGUUAGAUGGUAAGGAGAUAUUCAACGAAAUGGUUUUCCUACGUCUUAGCAAUUGCAAUAGUUGCUCAACCUUGCCAUCACUCGGGAAACUACAAAAACUUAGAGUCCUCAUUAUUGAAUGCAUGGAUGCAGUGGAGGAGGUGGGUCCUGAUUUCAAUACUGAGCCACCUACGCGGAUGCAUAGGGGGUUUAGGUAUUUGGAGAGGCUAACAUUUGAGGGGAUGUCAAAAUGGACAAAGUGGGUUCCAUCAAAUGUGCUCCCUUGCCUGCAACAGCUUUGUAUACGGAGAUGCCCCAAGCUGAGGGGGAACUUGCCCAAGGAACUUCCUUCAGUAGAAAGAAUUGAGAUUUCUGAAUCUCAGGAGCUUGUGACUGCACUUACAACAGAGGCAUCAUUGAACAAUUUACAUUAUCGUGAAAAGAUUGUGUUCUUAAGUGACGAUGAAGUGACUUCUUUUACAUCUGAAGGUGCCACAGGAUCAUCAUCGCCCAUGAUUGAAGAUGAAAAAUCUCCAUUUCCCUUGACUCAAGGAGCGCCAGAGUCCUUAUUGCCCUCGGCUGAUGGUGUCGUAGAUACCUCAGUGCCAAUUACUAAAGUUUCUAAGAGACUCAGAGAAACCCCAGAAACAGAAGGAAGGGGGGAAAGUGAGGAGGAAACAGGUUUAGAAAUAACAAAAACUUCAGAAACAAAAAGGACUAAAGUGGAGCGAAAGGAGGUUAUUGAAGUAGAUCCUUUUCCUUCUCCUUUUUCAGAUGAAAAAUCCUCAUUGCCCUUGACUCAAAGUGCCACGACAUCCUCAUUCCCAACGGCGGAAGGUGUUGUAGAUGAAAAAUCUUCAUUUCCCUUGACUCAAGGAGCCGCAGAAUCCUUAUUGCCCUCGGCUGAAGGUGUCGUAGAUACCUCAGUGCCAACUACUCAAGUUGCUGCAGCAUCAUCACUGCUGCUCCUAACUGAUGGUGCAACACAAUCCUCUUUGCCUGUGGCUCAAGUACUGUCAGCCACUCUUAAUAAGAAAUUGAAGGAAAUGUCAGAAACAAAAGAAAGUGGGGAAAGUGAGGAAGCUGAUGUUCUGAGUGACACCUGGUCCAACUCCUCUUUUGAAAGCAUGAAAGUAUCAGAAAUAUCAGAAUUGAUGGCACUGCUAACGCCAUUACAUAGCCUCAAAAUUGAUGGAUGUGAUAAUCUGACGUUCAUACCUAAAAGUGUGAUAAAGAACCCUUCUCUCCAACAUUUGUAUAUCAUUAAUUGUUGCUCUCUCGAGUCCUUUUUCUAUGAAGGAAUGGCCUUGAAAAUUCUUUAUAUCCGGAAUUGCAAGAAAUUAUAUUUUCCCCUCACAAAUGAGAAUAUACAGCUGGAUAAACUUGAAGAUUUGAGUGUAGGGAGUAGCUGUGAUUCCCUGACAGACCUCUCCUUACACUUGUUUCCAGAACUUAGAAGUCUUUCUAUUUGGGAUUGUGCAAAACUGCAGAAACUUUCAAUGCCAGAAAAAAGUCAGAUAGAACUCACAUCUCUUGAGGCCUUGGAGAUCAGGGAUUGUCCUAAUCUGGAAUAUUUUCCAACAGGAGGAUUGCCUACCCCCAAUUUGAAGUCCAUUUGGUGCUCUAAUUGCAAGAGUCUCAAGAAACUACCUGAUCAGUUGGGCACUCUUGAAUAUCUCACGUCAAUGUUUAUAAAUGAUUGCCCAGAACUUGAAUCACUCUCAAAACAGGUUUUGCCUUCGAAACUUAGUUUACUCAGGAUCUCUUCCUGCAACAAACUCAUUUCCGGGAAGAAGUGGGGGUUGCAUGGGCUUGCCAGUCUGUGUCUUUUGGAGAUUGAAGGUGAAUGUAAAAACGUGGAGUCAUUUCCAGUGGAAGGAUUACUGCCCAGCAAUCUCAGUUCUCUAUGCAUCAGUGGACUUUUGGAUCUCAAAAAGUUGGACAACACGGGCCUAAAGAAACUUGAGUCUCUUAAAACACUGGAGAUUAGCAGCUGUCGCCAACUCCAGUCCUUGCCAGAAGAUGGUUUUCCAUCCUCCCUCUCUUUCCUCUGCAUCAAGGAGUGUCCAUUGUUGGAACCAAAACUCCAAAAUAAGAAUGGAGAAGAUUGGUACAAGAUAGCUCAUAUUUCUUGCAUUGAAAUUGAUGAGGAAGUAAUCUCAUGAGCGGGGCUUUCAGCGAGGCCAAUAUUGUAGACUUCUUGGGCCACCAGGAAUUGCUUAAGUUUCAACGUGGGUGCUGCCGUUAUUAAUUUACAUUUGCCUCCUACUAUGUUAUCAAUCGUUUUGCAGUCUUCCAAUUCUAACAUUCAGAACAAGUUUGAAGAUGCAUGCAUGGCUUAUAUGUUUAGGAGAAGAAUCUUGAAAGAAUGUGGAGUGUAUUUCUUUUAGCAACUACUUUGAUAUAUUUUUGGGGUUAAAACGAUGCACAUGUAUGUAAGCUGGAUGUGACUUGAGAAACUGUUUAUUUUUUCUAUUGUGAGUUGGCCAUUGUAUUUAUAUGGACUUGGCUAUACCAAAAAAAAAAAAAAAGUGUUAAAUUCAGUGUA